AUGUUCUACUCAACCCUCCUCCUCGCCGUCACGGCCUUCACCGGCCUGGUCAGCGCCCAGAACUACUCCACCUCCGGCGCCCUCAGCAUCGAUGUCAGCCAGGUAGACACUCAGCAACGUCUCGCAUGGUGUGUCUCCCAGACCACCUCGUGCCCACAGAUCUGUAGCGGUAGCACUACUGCCAACACUUGCGACUCGAACACCCUCAACUACACCUGCACGUGCUCCGGCGGCAGCUCCCCCAACAUCUCCGACUAUACGCAGACCGUCCCCUUCUUCGUCUGUGAGCAAUGGAAGGCCAACUGCGCCGAUGCUCACCCCAAUGACCUUCAAGGUCUAGCCGGCUGCCACUCGGUCGUCUGUGGUGCGAAGAACGCCUCGGCUGCUGGUGGCUCUUCCGGCUCUUCCUCCGCAUCUUCCGGCUCCGCCUCCGCCACUGGCAGCUCGACCGGUAGUGCGACUGGUGCUGCUGGUAGCGCCUCAGCUACUGGUAGCGCUGCUGCUUCUGCUGCCUCGAGCGGUGCCGCGUCUGCUACCUCUUCCGCUGCUGCUGCCAGUUCCUCUGCUGCCAGCGCCGCCGUCGGUCUUGCUAUGCAGUACAGCUCUGGCAUCCUCGCUGCGGCUAUGCUCGCCGUCUUCGGCUUGGCUUUGUAA